AUGAGAUUCUCGUCGAGGUCCCAGUUAUUGCUGACAUGCCUGAUAGUGUACGCUUCAAGCGCACAAGCGAUCAUGGUGAAGUUUGGCACAAAAGGAGGCCCGAUUGAGCCACCUACACCGGAGCCGACGCCGUUGCCGCAACCCUACCGCGUCCCGGCUCCGGUUUGGGAGGAGCGCUCUAAUGACACCCCUGAUCCUAACGCUCAAUGGCGUCCUCCGUUCUUCGUACCUCAACCGAGAUAUACUCACGUUGUAUACAAUCCGUCGACCCUCCCUCCUAUUCCACUAAACAAUGCUCAACGUUUCGUCAAUGCUUACAUCCCUAAAAAUCAAGCCAUCAAAACUGAAAAUAUUGGCAACCCAAUAAUCCUCAGCUCACAAACCUUACCUGGAGUAGGCCUCCGAUAUUUUGUCCCCUACACGCGAGAGCAACAAAAACCUGCAAAACAAGAAGAUGCUAAGUUAAAUCACGUAGAAAGUGAUUUAUCAGAGACAGCUCGUGAGUCCUCCGAUGAUUUCCAGUGGAAAUAUGAAAAAGAAGCUACGAGACGCUUGAUAAGAAACAAUCUAGAAGGAACAGCUAGAGCACCAGGACGCCUUGUUUACCAAUUCCCAGCCUACGUCCAGCCCCAACAUCGCUAA